UAAAAGCCAAGGUAACGCGCUCCUCUCAGCGGACUGCGCUCAUCAUUUCUCCUCCUGCAUCAUGGAAACUGACAGAAAACAGCUGCGAUGGUGAAGAAGCUGAAGUAAGGCUGGUAGCGAAGGUGCUUGACCUGUUCCCCUUUGCUCCCCCGAGCCAGAACCAUCAUGGCAGCGGGAGUAGCAGCAUGGCUUCCGUUUGCCCGGGCAGCGGCGAUCGGCUGGAUGCCUGUGGCCAACUUGCCCAUGCCAGUUGCCCCCACCGAAAAGAACAAGAGGCAGGAUGAGCUCAUUGUCCUUAAUGUCAGCGGACGCCGUUACCAGACCUGGAGGAACACGCUGGACCGCUAUCCGGACACGCUGCUCGGUAGCUCGGAAAAGGAGUUCUUCUACAAUGAGGACACCAAGGAGUACUUCUUUGACCGUGAUCCUGAUGUGUUUCGCAGUGUGCUCAACUUCUACCGCACUGGUAAGCUCCACUAUCCACGAUAUGAGUGCAUCUCCUCGUAUGAUGAGGAGCUGGCCUUCUUUGGCAUUGUUCCAGAGAUUAUUGGGGAUUGCUGCUAUGAAGAGUACAAGGACAGGAAGAGGGAGAAUGCAGAACGUCUCAUGGACGAUCAGGAGGACAACAAAGAUGCCAAGCUGCCCAAUAUGACGUUCAGGGAGACCAUGUGGCGGGCUUUUGAGAACCCUCACACUUCAACUAUGGCUCUGGUCUUUUACUAUGUCACUGGUUUUUUUAUUGCUGUUUCUGUCAUCACUAAUGUGGUAGAGACGGUGCCCUGUGGCUCGGUGCCAAACAUGAAGGAAGUGCCAUGUGGCGAGCGCUACACUGUGGCCUUUUUCUGCAUGGACACAGCCUGUGUGAUGAUCUUCACCGUGGAAUACCUGAUGCGCCUGUUUGCAGCCCCCAACCGCUACCGCUUCAUGAGGUCCGUCAUGAGUAUCAUAGAUGUGGUGGCCAUCCUGCCAUAUUACAUUGGGCUGGUGAUGACCGACAAUGAGGACGUGAGCGGGGCUUUCGUGACUCUGCGGGUUUUCCGGGUGUUUCGUAUCUUUAAGUUCUCCCGUCACUCUCAGGGCCUGCGCAUCCUGGGUUACACGCUGAAGAGCUGUGCCUCGGAGCUGGGCUUCCUGCUCUUCUCCCUUACCAUGGCCAUAAUUAUCUUUGCCACUGUCAUGUUCUACGCAGAGAAGGGUUCAAGCUCCAGCAAAUUCACCAGCAUCCCAGCCUCCUUUUGGUACACCAUUGUUACUAUGACAACGCUCGGAUAUGGAGACAUGGUCCCAAAGACUAUUGCAGGGAAAAUCUUCGGCUCAAUCUGCUCUCUGAGUGGUGUGCUGGUAAUUGCCCUUCCUGUCCCUGUCAUCGUGUCCAACUUUAGCCGCAUCUAUCACCAGAACCAGAGAGCAGACAAGCGGCGGGCGCAGAAGGUACAGAAAGCUCGCCUGGCCAGGAUACGAAUAUCCAAAACAGGAAGCUCAAGUGCCCUCCUUCACAGCAAGCGCAACGGCUUGUUCAAUGAAGCUCUCGAGCUCACGAGACUUCCAUACAAGAUCAACUUUACAGAUCAGGGUUCCAAUGAGGAUGAGAAGCAUUUAAGCAAAUCUACCUCUUUAAUCGAGAGCCAGCACCACCACCUGCUGCACUGUCUGGAGAAAACUACGAACCACGAGUUUGUGGAUGAGCAGUAUUAUCAGCAGAGCUACUUGGAGGCGGGGCUGCAGAACUAUCCGUCCCGAAGCCCGUCGCUGUCCAGCCAAGAUGGCGUGACGGGGACAUGUUGCAGCAGGCGAAGCAAGAAGCACCAUCACACUCCUUUACCAAACUCCAGCGCUCCAGCACACAUGCAGCCAUUGAAACACUCGCACUCACACCCACAAGGCUUGCAGGAGCUCAGCACCAUCCAUAUUCAGCCCCUAAGUACCAGUCGCUCCAGUCUAAACAUGCGUAUAGAGGAGCCAGCUCCUCUGAACUGCCAGAGCAGCCAGAUCACAACAGCAAUCAUCACCAUUCCUACGCCACCAGUGACGACUCCGGAAGGUGAAGCUCACCAUCCCACCACUCCUUCCCUUCAAAACGUUGUGAAGGUUUCUGCUCUGUGAAGACUAGACUGUAGAAGCACAGCACAAAAAAAACCCAGAGAGACCCACAGAAGCAGACAGAGAAGGACUCACAGAGGUGGAAAGGGCUUUUAGACAGAAUUUGGCCCUGUUGGAGCCUGCCCUCUGCUGGUCAUGUGUUAUAAUGGCACGGACUCCCUGUACACAUGGAGGAUUGAUUUCAGAGACAGUUUCUUCAUGUUAGUGGUCGGCAGAUGUGUGUGUUUGUAUCUGAAUGUGUGAGUAAAAGAACAAAAACAAAAAAUAAAUAUGGAAUCUUUUAGGAUGAGGACUGUUUACCUCGAAGUGUCACAGGUAAGUUAGCAGAGUUUCCUAUGUUUCACUGUGCACAAAAGCACCUUUGUUAUGAUUUAUGCUUGAGUUUAACCCAUUUUAGUCAGGAAAUACAAAGGGGGAUGAGGACAACUUAAAAGGAAGGGGAAAC